AUGGCAGAAUCAAUCACCGAAGGCACGCUGAAGGGAUGGACGGUAAAGGAGGGUGACUACGUCGAGCAGGAUCAGGAGGUCGGCUCCAUCGAGACCGACAAGAUCGACGUCGCCAUCAACUCGCCAGCAGCAGGAACCAUCAAGAAGUUCCUGGCGAACGAGGAGGACACCGUGCAGGUUGGGCAGGAUCUGAUCGUGCUGGAGCUUGGUGGAGAGCCAGGACAGUCGGCUCAGAAGGGCGAUGCGGAGACAAAAGACUCCGCAGACUCUUCGCAACAAACUUCAUCCGACAAGGGAGGCGAGCAGAAGGGAGGUGAGGAGAAGCAGCCUGAGCCUGAGCCCGAGAAGGAGCAGACAGGCGCUGGCCGACCCAAGGAAAAGGAGCAGAAAGAGCAGGCUCCUCCAGCGCCCCAGCAGAAGUCGGAGGAGGUCAGCAAGCCCCAGCAGCAGGAACAGAAGCCCUCGCAACCCAAGCAAGAGCAGAAACCAUCCCAGCCCAAGCAACAAGAAUCCUCCUCGAAAUCAGAAUCACCCUACGGCAGCCGCUCGGAGAACAGAGUCAAGAUGAACCGCAUGCGCCUCCGCAUCGCCGAGCGCCUCAAGCAAUCGCAGAACACCGCCGCCUCCCUCACCACCUUCAACGAAGUCGACAUGUCGAACCUCAUGGACAUGCGCAAGCAGUACAAGGACGAGAUCUUGAAGAAGACGGGCAUCAAAUUCGGCUUCAUGGGCGCGUUCGCGAAGGCUUCCAUUCUGGCAAUGCAGUCUGUGCCGACGGUCAAUGCUAGCAUUGAAGGACCCGGUGGCGGCGACACGAUCGUGUACCGCGACUAUGUGGACGUGAGCGUGGCUGUGGCGACGGAGAAGGGGUUGGUGACGCCUGUGGUGAGAAACGCAGAGAGUCUCGAUAUGGUCGGGAUUGAGCGGUCGAUCUCAGAGUUGGGCAAGAAGGCCCGCGACAACAAACUCACCAUCGAAGACAUGGCCGGUGGCACCUUCACCAUCUCCAACGGCGGCGUCUUCGGCUCCCUCAUGGGCACACCCAUCAUCAACCUCCCGCAGACCGCCGUGCUCGGCUUGCACGCCAUCAAGGACAAGCCGGUCGCGAUCAACGGGAAGGUGGAGAUUCGUCCGAUGAUGUAUCUGGCGUUGACGUACGACCACAGGUUGUUGGACGGGAGAGAGGCUGUCACGUUCUUGGUGAAGAUCAAGGAGUACAUUGAGGAUCCGAGGAAGAUGCUUGUGCCGGUGUAG